AGUGGCUCCCAUCAAAUAAAAAUGAAAACGCUUUCUUCUUCAUUGGUUCUUAAUCUUCUUAUUCAUGUGGGGUUACCUGUAAUUACCAUUAUAACCUUCUACUUCUUGAAUAUUAUAUGGAUGAAACCGCAAAGACUAAGAAGAAAGCUCGAAAAGCAAGGAAUCAGAGGGCCAAAACCGUCUUUUCCAUAUGGGAAUGUGGGUGAGAUGCAGAAGAUUCAAGCGGCUGCAAUGGCCAUGAAAGCUUCAAGGUCAAGCGAUGGAGAUUUUGUAGGUGAUGAUUAUACGUCUACUCUCUUCCCAUACUUUGAACAAUGGAGGAAACAAUACGGUUCGAUAUAUACAUACUCAACAGGGAAUAAACAACACUUGUAUAUAAAUGAUCCAGAGCUUGUUAAAGAAAUGAACCAGUCCAUCACUCUUGGACUUGGUAAACCUUCUUACGUUACCAAAAGACUCUCUCCUCUCCUUGGCAAUGGAAUCCUCAGAUCAAAUGGCCAUUUUUGGGUCCACCAAAGGAAAAUUAUUGCCCCUGAAUUCUUCAUGGAUAAAGUCAAGGGUAUGGUGGGGCUAAUGUCGGAAUCGGCUGAACCGCUUUUGAGGAAAUGGGAAGCUUGCAUCGAAGGUGAAGGUAGUGGAAUAGCCGAUAUAAGAGUUGAUGAUGAUCUGAGGGCUGUUUCUGCAGAUGUGAUUUCAAGGGCUUGUUUCGGAAGCUCUUAUACAAAAGGCAAAGAGAUUUUCUCCAAGCUUAGAACCCUUCAGAAAACUAUAUCAUCUAAAGGCAUGCUCUUUGGCCUUCCUACUUAUGGACUGAGGAAAGAUGUAAAGAGCUUAGAAAAAGAGAUAGAUUCAUUGAUAUGGGAAGCUGUAUGCGAAAGAAAAUGUCAACAAACACCAUUGUUGAAGAAAGAUCUUCUGCAAAUGAUCCUGGAAGAAGCCAUGGAUCAUUUCGCCAGCAAAGACGAAAGCAAACAUUUCAUCGUCGAUAACUGUAAGAAUAUUUACUUCGCCGGACACGAAUCGACGAGUGUCGCUGCAUCAUGGUGCUUGAUGCUGCUCGCAUUACACCCAGAAUGGCAAACUCACAUCUCCGAUGAAAUGUCCGAAGCAUGCCCUAAUGGUGUUCUCGAUGUAGAUUCACUCCCUAAAUUGAAAUCGGUGACAAUGGUGAUUCAAGAAGCGAUGCGGUUGUUCCCGCCGGCAGCGUUUGUGUCACGUGAGGCACUAGAAAGGACGCAGAUAGGGCACGUAGACGUGCCUAAAGGAGUAUGCAUAUGGAGUUUGAUCCCGACCCUUCAUCGUGACCAGGAAAUAUGGGGCCCGGAUGCCCAUGUAUUUCGACCCGAGAGGUUCAUUAAUGGUGUAACAAAAGCAUGCAAAAGCCCACAAGCGUAUGUUCCUUUCGGGGUUGGGGCCCGGUCUUGUUUGGGGCGAAAUUUUGCUAUGGCCCAACUGAAAGUUGUCAUUUCACUCAUCACUUCCAAGUUCAAAUUUUCUUUAUCUCCAAAUUAUCAGCAUUCUCCUGCUUAUAGAAUGGUUGUACAACCCGGCCAUGGUGUCAACAUCAUCGUUCAAAAGUCGUAGCGGAUUAUAUAUAACUCAUUUUUAGCGGUUGUUUCAUUUUUCUCUAUCAAGUCUUGUUCCUGAAUAGAUAAUGAUAUAUGUGCUCAUGAAGUGUUAGUAUACAUUAAGGUGU